GGAAAACUUUUCAAGAUGGGUGUGAACCAUGGAUCCAACUUUAGCGUAGCGUUUGGUGGCAGCUGGCUUGAUUAAGAGACCGUGGUUUUAAGUGAGGUGCCUUGGUUACUGGUGGUGUCGUUGGGAGCCGAGCUGAGCGGAGGUGCGCUGCUGCGGCCGUGGUGGAUGUGUAGCGGGCAGCGAAGAGCGUCGCUGUCCGCGUCGUCCUAAACGUCUCGCCCCCGCUUGACUCUGGUUGCUGUUUUAAGCGCAGCUGUGGACGUUUUGUGUGCCUGAACUUUGUCUGCAGUGCUGUGCUAGACUUGGAGAUCUUUGACCUCUGAACAGGUAGUUUAAAAUGUUUUUUUUUCCUCAUCUGACCAUAUCAAAUGUGAUGCAAUUGUAUGUAAAUGACCAGUUUCAAAACAAAUGGUUCUUCCCCUCCUCAUCUCCCUCCCCGCCUGCUCCUGGUUUUUCUGUAUAUAUAUAAGUUGUGAGUGCCUGUUCUCUCCUGCAUUUCUCUUAGAAUGGAGUCUGUGCUGAGAUAUUUGGACUGGAUGUCAGUAGGCUUGGGCCUGCUGGGUGGUCUGUUCUUUCUGCUUCUGUUGGAGAUUUUUAGGUUGAACUCCAUCAGGAGCCGCAGCCCUCCUGGACCCAGACCACUUCCCUUUGUGGGUAACCUGCCACAGAUAUUGAAGGAUCGAAUGGCCUUCAUCAGAUUGAUGCCAAAAUAUGGUGAGAUCUGCUCUGUAUACCUGGCCAAAAAGCAGAUUAUCUUGCUGAAUAGCAUGCAGAUUUUGAAGGAAGCCUUCGUUCAGAAUGGUGACGUUUUUUCUGGGAGGCCCUCAGUGCCAGUUGUGCAAUGGGUCAACAGACAAGGCUAUGGUAUCGUGAUGGCCAAUUAUGGUCACUCUUGGAGGCAGCAGCGCCGCUUUGCUCUGCACACACUGCGUGACUUUGGUCUGGGGAAGAAAACUGUGGAGGAACGUGUGACUGAGGAGGCGCAAUACCUCACCAAGGAGAUGCUCAAACUAGAAGGAAAGGCUUUCUAUCCCAAACACCUUCUUAUGAAUGCAGUUUCCAACAUCAUCUGCUCAAUCAUCUUUGGAGACCGCUUCGAUUAUGACAACAGGAGCUUUGCUACGCUGCUAGAUAUUCUGAACAGAAACAUUCAGCUCGCUGGGUCAUAUUUGGGUCAGAUUUUCAACUUGGUCCCAUUUAUAAAGCACUUUCCAGGGCCACACCAGGAGAUGUGGAAAAAUGCCAGUGCCUUAAGAAAAUUUAUCCUUGAAAUUGUGGAGGAGCACAAGAAGACUCUGGACCCUGACAAUCCCCGGGACUUCAUUGAUGCGUACCUGAUCGAGAUGACCAAACAAGAGUCGAAGGAAGACUCUACAUUCCAUGUGGAGAACAUGAUGAGGACGACCACUGACCUUUUCUCUGCUGGGACAGACACCACAGCAAAUACUCUCAGAUGGGGCCUCGUUUACAUGAUGAGCCACCCCGACGUGCAAGAGCGCUGUCAUGAGGAGAUCGUUCGGGUGCUGGGUUUUGACCGUUCUCCCUGCAUGGAUGACCGUGCAAGGCUCCCCUACACUUGCGCUACUGUUCAUGAAAUUCAGCGCUAUGGUAACAUCAUUCCUUUUGGCGUGCUGCACCAAACCACAAAAGCAACACAGCUACAAGGAUACCACCUACCUGCGGGAACAAAUGUCUUGCCCAACUUUACGGCCUUCAUGACUGACAAAGAGCACUGGAAGUACCCGGACACGUUCAACCCAGAGAACUUUCUGGAUGAGAAGGGACAGUUUUGCAAAAACGACUACUUUAUGGUCUUUUCUCUGGGCCCAAGAGCAUGUCUGGGUGAGACUCUGGCCAGAACUGAGCUCUUCAUCUUCUUCACCUCUCUGCUCCAGCGGAUAAAGUUCUCAUGGCCUCCUGGGGCUCCACCGUACAACAUGAAAGGCGUAGUGGGUGUGAGCCGCUCUCCAUUGCCCUUCAAUACAAUCUGUCUCAGCAGAGAGACCACCCACUGAAUCACAUCCACAUGGUCCGGCUUUACAUGUGAACAUUCUGUAUUAGAUCUGGAGGACUCCAUUUGCUCAUUAUGAAGCUCUUACUUAUACUAUACCUGGGACUCAUGAUCUUAUACCAAAUUAAUAAGUGCAGUAAUUUGUUUUUAUCCAUUAAACAUAAGCAUUUUAAAGUUCAAAA